AUGCUGUCAACAAAGGCUACCGUCAAGCUCUGCUCGCCGAAACUGGCUGCUCUGCUAUCCCGAUCCCUGACACCUCUCCUCCAGCAGUCGACUCUCGCCUAUGCUGGCCUCAGACCCUUCGGUCCUCAACAAAGCAUCACUGUCCGCCACUUUUCUUCUUCUCCGGCACCUCACCUGAAAGACUGGUUUCCCCGCAAGGAGACAGAACACAUUCGUCAGACGCUGCCAACAUGGCAACACCACGGCUAUACAGAGCAGGAGAUGCUCAGCGUCGUUCCUGAGCAUCGCCCCGUCAAGACCUGGGGCGACUGGGCUGCAUAUAAGUUUGUCAAGCUCUGCCGGUGGGGCAUGGACUUCAGCACCGGCCUUCGAGACAUUCCAGUCGUCGACAAAGCCACCGGCAAGACCGUCAUGGUCCCCCGGAUCCUCAACGAAUCUCAGUGGCUCAUCCGAUUCAUCUUCCUCGAAAGCAUUGCCGGCGUUCCAGGCAUGGUCGCCGGUAUGCUUCGUCACCUUCACAGCUUACGUAAGCUGAAGAGAGACAACGGCUGGAUCGAGACUCUCCUUGAGGAAAGCUACAACGAGCGUUUACACCUUUUGACCUUUAUGCGUUUAUGCGAGCCUGGCUGGUUCAUGAAAACCAUGAUCUUGGCAGCUCAGGGCGUAUACUUCAACGCCCUGUUUGUGUCCUACUUGAUCAGUCCCAAGAUUACACAUCGCUUUGUGGGCUAUCUCGAGGAAGAAGCUGUACACACAUACACCACUGCCAUUGAGCAGAUCGAGGCUGGCCACUUGGAGAAGUGGUCAAGUCAAGACUUUCAGGCGCCUGACAUCGCCAUCAACUACUGGAAGAUGCCCGAGGGCAAGCGAACCAUGAAGGACCUGCUUCUGUACAUCCGAGCCGAUGAGGCUUGCCAUCGUGGCGUGAAUCACACGCUGAGCAAUCUCAAUACCGACGAGGACCCAAAUCCUUUCGUCAGCGAGUACAAAGGUGAUCGACAGCCGCCAAAGGCUCUUGACAAGGCACAGGGGUACGAGCGAACAGAAGUCAUGUAA